GGACAAAAAUACCUACCUGUCCUUUGGUUGUAACUUUUCAAACGUAUUUGAGCAAGAGGAGCGCACUGACGAACAAAUUUGCCUCUGUACUCUGUGGCCCUCAUCUUGCUCACCCUAGUACUGAUAGUACUAACCUUAACCUGCCAAAUAGCAACGGUACCAUCACCAUCAUUUAUCAUGGGCACAACUUGCUAGAUCUCAUCCAAUCUUGGUGAUAGAGAAGAAGGGAAUGUCAGCUGCCAUUUUAAACAUCCCUGUGCUUGUUGUUCAUAGCAACUUCAAUUCGAUCACAGAGAUAAGGUCAGGUCAUAGAUAAAUAGAGAGAUUGUCUCUGUCACUGGUUGUGUGUGUGUGUGGGAGAGGCAGUGGAUGACGAGGGCAAUGAGGAGGAGGAGGCUACGCAUUGGCAAGGUGCUGGACUGCUUCUCCUUCUCCAUGUGUUGCGCGAGAAGCAGCGGCUGCCUCUGCUUGCGCGCGUCGGAGGAAGACGGCGACGAGGAGGCGGCCAUGGAGAGGAAGUCCCUGGUGAGCAGUAGUAGCCAGGUCGACCAGGUGAUCAGGCUUCGCGAUCUUGUUGAUGGCACGAGGACACUCGGGUUCCAUCUAGAACCAAAGACUGUGGAGCUCAAGGUGUCCAUGCACUGCAAUGGGUGUGCUAAGAAAGUUCAGAAGCACAUCUCAAGGAUGGAAGGCGUGACGUGGUUCGAGGUGGAUUUGGAGAAGAAGAAGGUGGUGGUGACGGGGGACGUGACGCCAUUGGAGGUGUUGCAGAGCAUCUCCAAGGUGAAGUUCGCGCAGCUGUGGCCCCUUCCCCCCCAACCUGCUGCACCAGCCACCGUCUCCUCCGCCUAGAUCUCGAUCCGUUCCCAUCUCAAAAUGGCGGGGGCCAAGCCAAGCCAACCGCGCGUCGUGUGCCACCGUAAUAUUAUCGCGCUCACGCGGGGAAAUUGCAGAUUCAGCGAUGCAUUGGCAUUGUUACCGAGACCAACCAGGCAACCAUCGUUUUUACUGCACCCUCUUGCCGGCUUCUCUCUGUGUUUGGAAAUAAACCAACCUAAAAUAAGUUGAAACGGCACAAGUUCAAAAUUGUUAUACUAAGGUAAUGUCUCAUUUUAUUUUAGGUUGGUUUAAUUUAGAACGAAGAGAAUAGCUCCAUAUGCAUACAUGCCACGGUAAUCUAAGGCUGACGCGUUAGUCAAUCAAGCUACGUUUGAAUUUUCACGGCGAUCUAUAUUGGCACUAGGAAUAAUGAAGAGGGAAUUAUAACUACUAGAGGCUGUUUGGUAUGUACUCCCUCUGUCCCUUAAAAAAUCAAUCUAGUAUCGGAUGUAACACAUCCUAAUACUACAAAUCUACUAUCAGAUUCGUAGUACUAGAAUAUGUUACAUCCGAUACUAGAUUUGUUUUCUGUGCAACGGAGAGAGUAUGUGGAUAUACUACUUUAUAGCUUGUGUGGAAAAUGAAUUGUUUCAUGGGGAAGGUGAAGGUUUCUGCAGAAUUUUACGAGAUUUUCUGUGCUCCAAAUAGGCUUGUAAACAUUGUACUACUCGUGUUCUGAAAAAAAAACAUUGUACUGUUUGCUUUGCUA